AUGAGCUCCAUCCCAUACGAUCUCCUCCCGAGCUGCGACCAAGACUUCGCCCACCUAAAACUCAAGCAAAAGCAGUCCUUCGUCAACCGCUUCUUCGGCAUCCGUGUAUGCGACGACAAGAAGGAGACCAAUAGCAACGCCGUCUACUCAAGUAAUGCUGCUCGAGCUUUCUCCUCCGCCACUACCUCCCCCGCAACAUCAACAAACAGCUCUUACGUCUUCCUCAACUCAAAAGCAUCGUCGAGCAGCAUGUGCCUCCCCAUGGCUACGCCCCGUAGACAACGCUCCAACACGGCGAACUCGUCAACAUCGGUUGCGUCGUUUGUGUCGCAGAGCUCCGUGCACAGCAAUGAUUCCUACCAGAGACUUCGCAACCGCUCGCCAAGCCGCGAGAGGAAAGCGUUGCUAGAUGAUGGAUGGGCGCCUGUGGAACAAUACUUCUAG